AAGCUCCAGUUAUGCAUGCUUGACUUGACCUAGCCAGACUUGAGAACUGUCACAUAAAAGAUCUGUUUAAUGAGCCUUGCAUGUAUUUGAUUACCGAACGCUUGACUUGACUUGAAAGUCUGUUGAAUUUAGAAUUUCAAGUUACGUUGACAUUUCAGAGAGUGGCAUCUUUGCUCUCUCCCUUUAUUUUGACAUUUCAGAGAGUGUCAGCUCGGUUCUUUCCCUCGCUUUUUCAAAUUGAACGAUUCACAUCAUUUUCAUCAUUUCAUUUUAAUCUAAAUUUAAUUUGCCAGAAAUAAAUCAAAAAAAUCACAAUGAAUGACGAAAAAGUAAUAGAAGAAGUGCGUGCGCGUGAAAUUUUAUAUAACAAGGCCUGCGUAGGCUACCGGGUGCCGAGCAAAAAGAAGGCUGCGUGGGUAAGCGUGGCAAAGGAGCUAGGUGCUACUGAUGAGCAAUGUUCGAAGAGGUGGCUGACUCUAAGGGAGAGAUUCAGUAGGGAAGUAAGGAAAAUGGAGUCACCAUCAGGAAGUGGGGCGAGUAACACCGAAACCUGGCCAUUGUUCGAUAAUAUGAGCUUUUUAAAACUAUAUAUACAGCCCAGACCAAAUCGCUGCACCACAAACAUUUUAGAAGAUAUAUAUUCGCAGGAGCUGUUUGAGCCAUUUACUUUUGAAAGUUCUCCGACUAUUUUAUCGUCACCUUCGGAGUUGUCGUCUUCAACUCCGAUCCGGAAAAGAGUCAAAAAAACAAACAGCGAUGACGACAGCUGUUUCAAAGAAGCGUGCGAGCUAUACAAAAGCAUGUGUGCAGAGAGGAGCAAUUGCAGCGAGGCGGUGAGGUCGUUUGGUGUUAUGUUGACCUCUAUCAUGAACGGUAUGAGCGAGGUAAAGCAAAUGAAAGCAAUACAAGUUUUAACAAAUUCGUUAUUUGCUAUUAAAUCGGAACCCGAAUAAUUUUUUUUUUUUUAUUUUUAAAUCAUUUGUUUGUUGUUUUAUACAGAUAUUGAAUUAAUAUGUAAAAAUGUUUAAAACGCUUGUUGCCUAGA